UUCGGAUCGUUACUUCCGACGUCUCUCCGGCUACAGCAUUCCUCGCCGGCGGCGAUGCUUCGUCCCACUACUCACACCCACCCCUAAUGCCUCUCACCAUCCCCGCGCCGGCCGUCCGGCCGACCGAUAGGCUGCUGCUUCUUCCUCAGCUCGCGAUUCCUCCUCGACAUGAUAAUUUCUCUCCCGGCGGUAGCUUCCGACACGAAUUUUGCAAACAUGAAUCUUCCCAUGGAACAUUAAUAUGACUUUCCUUCUGUAUUUAAUCCGUAUUAAACAUGAAAACUUAGAAUUUAAUACAUUUUAAUUUCCGUAUUUAAUUCGUAUUUUGCACAAAAAAUACGUAUUUUGUUAGUGUUGAAAUUACGUAUAAAAGAUUUAAUAAUACUUCAUAAUUAACGAGAAUGACGUAGGGUUUAAACUUAUUCUGCUUUUCUUGUGUGUAUCUGUACAAAAAUUCAAACUUUGUUCACUUUCCUUUUCUGAAUUACCGCGUCAUUUAAUUUUAUACUGUUCUUUCAUCCCUGUUUGGGUAAGAAAAGACUUCCUCUUUAAAAACGAGUCCAUAUUCAUUAGAAAACCGGCUACUUUUUUCCGUUAACGUCGAGUUCCCGAUCUUCACCGGACUCGGACUCUUCCCGACAUAUAAAUUAACUUUGACUCUCCAAACAGAUUCUCCACAGUAGAUUAGUUUUUAUCCAUUGAACAAAUUCAAUUGUUCAAGCUGUAGAUAGCAGUAGUUGACUAGUUGUAGCAUUACGAUGACGAUCCCUGUUGAUCAGCUCGUUCCAGCUGCCCCCGCCGGCGGAGGGGAAAUCCCAGCUCAAUGCCGCUUCGUCCUCCCAUGUCUGGUCCCCGAUUUCUCCCAGCAGAUCGGCAGCGACGGCCGCCGACUCCACCGAUGGAGGCUGGUUCCCCUUGUGCCCAAUUUGGGUGGAGGAACGACCACAUUGAGGCAGCUGAUCGCCGCCGCCGCCGCCGGCGGCGGCUCCUCGGCUGCCAAUUUGGAUUCCAGAAAGCGGCCCAGGAUGAUUACCGGAAAGCCCAGUAAGCUGGAAAUUUCACAACCGCCACAGCCAGAGUCCCCUGUUUCCGUGAGCGAAGAUUCGGGCCCCGAAUCAGAGGACUCGGAGCCCCGCAAACGGGCGAGGAGGUCCGAAGAGCCCGAGCCGAAACAGGCAGCCGUUGCCCCUGUACCAUUGAUCAUUGACGUCGACGACGACGACGACGACGAGGAGAAGGAAAAAUUUCCCACCGGGCUGACCUUCUCCGACGAAUCGCGGCGGGCGGGUCACCCGGACCCGGGAAGGACCCGGCUCGCACCGGCAAAACAGAGCGAGAGCGAGACGUGGAGGAAGCUGACCCGGAUGAGAAAUUAUACCCGGGAAGACGAUGAAGAAGAGAGGGAGAAAGGGGUUAGCACAAAACUGCAGCUUUACGAGGAUCCAUGGACGAUUAGGCAGAGGGUCAAGAUGAUCGAAGCAGAGGACCCGAACCCGAUGCUGGCGCUUCACGCGAAUGCAGGGAGGUACGUCGCCGGGCUGUUGACCAAGGAGGAUCUGGCGAGGCUGGUCAACGAUGGGAGGCCGGUGAGGGUGCGAAUUUGGGACGUCGACACGGAGAGUGAGCACGAGGCGGAGCUGGUGCGGAGGCGGCUGUGGUUCGGGUCGGGGAUGCACUGGGUCAUCGGUUUCGCGGGGGAUUGGUGGUCGGAGUUUGUUCGGAGGAGGGGAUUGGAGGAAGGAGACGAGAUCGGGAUGAAUUGGGAUCGUCGUCAUUUCCGAUUCAAUUUCCGGCUGAUUGCGCAGGCCGCCGGCGGUAAUUGAGUGUCUCUCUCCAGAAUUUUUGUUGGAGGGAGGUCUCUCUCCCUCUUUAGAGAUCGAGUUUUUACUUACUUUUUUUUUUUGGUUUGUGUAAUUGUUUAAACGAAGUCGAGAAAUACAAAUUUUGGAUUAAUGAGACGCAUUUUAUAUUCUCCACUUUAUCUGAUAAUCAUCUAAUCACAAAUUAGACGAGUGAGAAAACAAAAUUUGAUAUCAUCAUCAAUUUUACUUGACAUGAGUGACCCCUCCUCCGAUCUCUUUAUAGAGUCUAUUGCUAUCUUUUCCAAGCUCAAAUUAGUAAUAUUUAAAUGAGACAAACGCUAUUAAUAUUUGGAAAAAAAAUUUGUGAAAUUGUUCUCCAUUCUAUGGAUUUGGAUCUUGCAUUGUGGUUGGAGCAUCCUGUUUCUACUGCGGAUAACCUCAACCAGCGCUUUAUUCCAAAAGCGUUUCGGGGCUUUGUGACCGAUAAAGUGAAAGCGCUAAGAGGUUUCUUGGGAAAAUUGUUCAACACUUUGCCAAGAGUGAAAAGUCGGAGGCAAGUAACUUUCUGGGUAAACUUGUUUCCAUGAAUUCUAAAGCAAAGGGGAUGUAGGGGUAUAUUAUGGAUGGAGAUGUCUAAUCUCACAUCAAAACUCAAAUCACUAAAUUUAAAGUUGUCUUAAGACUUGUUUGUGCACUUGGUUUAGAUUUCUCUCCAUACAUACUUGGGGCGAUUCAAAGUGAAUAAAAUACAUAGAAAGACAAAUCGUCUCUUAAUAAGCUCAUAUCUCGAUAUGUGCAAGAAGAAGAGAGACAAGCAAAGUAUAAGAUUGAGAGUGCUCACUAUCAUAUACUUCUUCAAUAUAAUUAAGAAGAGAGUAAUAUUGAAGGAAAGUCUUCUUAAUAAAAGAAGCCAAAGAUACAAAUUGAGGGGAUUCCUUGCUAAUUAUACAAGAAGACUUGGCACAUGAAGAAGUGUCUCAAUUAUAUGGUUUGGGUGAAAGGAUGAGCUCCUUACUUUACUUUGUUAUGAAGUUAAUUCAUCUUUUGUGCCUAUUCAUACUUGGUGAUUGGAUAUUGCAGGAGGUUGCUUAUGGAGCCGAUCACCAAGUAAAAACGAAAGAUUCAUCUAUGUGGGGGAAGACAAAGAAAGUUACAAUGGAGCAUAUCAAAAUCUUUUUUGGGAUAGAAACUAUCAAAACUUUUAGAUUGUAGUUAAAGACCGAUGUCAACUGGAUUUGUUCGGGAUUUUUAUUGUACCGUUUUUUCGGCGAAAUUAAUUUUUGGUUAGUUGUUUGGACAAGUCUGAUUAUUUUGGUUUGUUGGUUUCGGUCUAUUGAUUGAUAAUACUUACAUGCUUGGUGUGAUUAGUUCCCACAAUGAAGUUCUUGCAAACAAGUUUGCGAGGUACAAAGCGAGAAAUAAAUGAUAAUUCUGUCACUUUAUGGCACAAGAAUUUGCCACAUAGACCAAAUAUCUAAUUAGAGAAUUUAGAGGCUUGCUCUGAUCGAAAUUCUUGAAUCCUUGGAUUUAGCGGAUUUUCGAUGUCUGCAUUGAGUGCCUUAAGGGUAAGAGAUAUAUAAAAAAGAGUCGGCCCAAUUGCUAGAGCAGGCGGAGGGUUACUGUUUUAACCGAUAGUAUUUAGAUAAUUUAGUUAAGUUGAUUUGGAUAAUUGGUGUGGUUUGGUUAAACAUUUUGGCUUGUUUGGGUUAGGUGGUUUUGUUUGGUUUGGUUUUAGACACUCCUAACUGGUCAUACCAAAUUAACUAGUUAAGUAAUUAGCCAUAUAUGUAAUAUAUAAUAUAUACAGAUACUUAAUAAUUUGCAUAACCACUCAAAAGUCAAAUGUUCCUCCCUUUUAGGCUCGCAAAAACUAAAGCUCAAUAUUGUUCAUAUACUGUAUAUUUAUAUUUGUAGAGUGCAGACCACAACAUAUGGACACCUAAUUUAGAUAAAAAAAAAUCAUACAUUAUGUUGGAUGAAAACUUGAAAGAAAUGUUUUUUUUUUCAGCCUAUGAUAAUUGCUAAAAGACUAAGUCAAUUCACACAAACACAACACUUCAUCAAGCUCGUACCGUUGACAUAUAUUUUUUUGUUAAGUGAAGACUUCCAUUGACCGUAAGAUAAUUGUGUUAGUUACCUGUAUUUAUGUUAAGGAUUAACUAUAACUAUAUGUUGAUUGUUAUGUUUUAUUCAUUAUAUAAAUUAUGAAUUGAUGCAUUACCCGAAAAGAUUUCUCACUUAAUGACAAUAAGAUGUUAUACUGGCGCGAGAGUGGUGUUUUUGCUUAUAUGGAAAUAGUGUAGCGAAGUCUCCUCAACAUAUUUGUGCUGAGCUGAAAGGUAUCAUUCGCCUUAGGGCUGGGAUAGUUCCAGAGUUGCAAGCUUUGUCUAGACAAGGCCAACGGGGUAUAGUAGCUUUAUAGUGGAAAUCUGAGUUCUUUUUUCUUUGUAAUCAUUCCAUUUGAUGGUUUUAUGAUCACGUUUUUAUCGUCCGUUCUUAAUGAAAUUUUGAUUUAACC